AUGGCUCGCCAUUCUUUGUCAUUGUGCACUGAAAAGCUGUACAAAGUUUUAGUGAUUGGCGAUACAGGCGUGGGGAAAAGCAGCAUUAUCUUGCGUUAUGUUCAGCAACACUUUGAUAACGGAUACAAACCGUCUAUUGGAGUUGACUUCUUCAUGAAAACUAUUGAAUGGGAUGCCAAUACACUGGUGAGACUGCAGCUUUGGGAUAUUGCAGGCCAGGAGAGGUUUAAGAAGAUGUCCAGAGCGUACUACAAAGAGGCAAGUGGAGCGGUGGUGGUCUUUGACAUGACAAACAGCUCCACUUUAGAGGCUGCCUCAGAGUGGAAGCAGGACCUAGAUAGCAAAGUCUGUCUUGACAGCGGACGUCCAGUCCCUGCUGUCUUACUGGCCAACAAAUGUGACAAGACAGGGAGAGAUGGAGACUUGGUGUCCUCCCUGGACAGCUUCUGUAAUGACAAAGGCUUCCUGGGAUGGUUUGAAACCUCUGCAAAGGACAAUAUAAAUAUUGAUGAAGCUGGUGCCUUCCUUGUCAAACAAAUGAUACUGUGCGACACGGGUCUGUCCAAUGAAGAGCGCCGCAGGGACACGAUCAAAGUGAGCCAGACUCUAGAGGAGAGUCAGAGCCAGUCAUUGUGCUGCAAGAUGCCGUGA